ACAAGAAAAUGUAUUUUAAUCAUAUGAUUUAAUAGAUUUAAUUGUGAAUAUUUACCUUUUCAAAUCACCACCAACAAGUGAAUUGGUUUUUUUAACCCUUUUAAUUAAAUUGUUUGAUAUUUGAAUUCUUGUUCAAUUUGAUUGCCAUGAAAUUAAAAUGCACUUUAAUCAAUGUGACAACUUUAAUUAUCUUGUUUGUGGGAAUCAUUUUAGUUUCAAUUGCCAAGCCCAAUAGACGAGGAUUCUGGUGCUCAGAUGAAUCAAUUAAAUACCCAAGGCAACCGGACACUGUUGGUGGUGGUCAAUUAGCUGUUAUAGUCUUGGUGAUACCUUUAAUUGUUAUCAUUUCGGGUGAAUUAAUUGCUCAUAAAUUGAAUCUAAACACAAGGAAAUCCUGGCGAAGACAAUUAAAUGUAAAUGGUUCCAAUCACAUUGAACAAGCAGCGAAAGUUUCAACUGACCACUCGGUCUCCUCUUGGUCAGUUAAUAUCAACUCCAUUAUCAUCAGUUGGUUGUUUAGUUUGUUCUUGACCGCUCUGUUGACCGGAUUCAUAAAGACUCAGGUCGGCCGAUUGAGGCCAGUUUUUUACUCUCAAUGUAAAUCGAGUGUCUCUUGUGAUGAUCAACAAAAUCAUGGAGUCUAUUUGACCGAUUAUGUUUGCAAUAUUAAACCAUCGGAGGAGAUUUUCAUUAGAACCUCAUUUCCUUCCGGUCAUUCAUCUUAUUCAAUGUCUUCGAUGGUCUUUCUUAUUGUUUAUAUUGGUCAGCGAUUUUUAAUCAAUCGGACAAACAGUUUAAGGUAUCUAAUUGCUUCGGUGCAAAUGUCGUUCCUCAUCAUCGCUCUUUAUGUUGGACUUUCUCGAGUUUCCGAUAAUAUUCACCAUUGGUCCGAUGUUCUGGUUGGCCUUAUUCUCGGUGCUGGAGUUACACUUAUCUGUACCCUAUUUUUAGGAUUUUCAGGUGACCAAUGGUCAAUCGGUGAAUGUGAUAAUAAAUCGAUACCAAAGGAUGAGAAUCAAGAGCAAUUGGAAACAUUUUGAAAUAAAAAGACAAUUUAAUUCUGUAAUUUAAACCAAUUCGAUUGUUUUUUGCUAAUCAAUACUUUUGUCUGACAAUCAAAUUUAAUUGUUUUGUAUCUUAUCCUCUUUUAAUUAUCAUUUUGAUUUGUUACAAUUGAUUUUCCUCCCUUCUAAUUGACAAGUAUUAGAUUCAAUUAACAUGUUGAUUGAAUUGAUUAUGAAAAUAAAGAGAACGAGAUUAGUUUUUGUGAUGAAAAUUAAAUAAAAUCUUUGAUUUAAUCAAAA